AUGAGCUCCCUCAAGCGGAAAGACGCCCCUGGAGGCAAGGAAGGGCCGUCCAAGAGGCCAAAAGGUGAAGCCAAGGGAACCACCAAAUCACCCAAAGCAGCAUCCAACGCAAGUCCUGCGGUGCCAAUCAUUUCAAAAUUGAAAGAGGAGGAGCCUCUGUUCCCUCGGGGAGGUGGAAGCGUUCUAUCUCCGCUCGAGCACAAGCAGAUCCAGGUUCAGGCAAAGCAUGAUGCACUCUUCGAACAGGAAACCGAGACACCGUCCAAGGCAGAGAAAGGACAAAAGAAGAAGAAGCGGAAAUCAACCUCCAAGGAUGGGAAGGGCCUCGAUAAACUGCUUCGGGAUGAAGACGCUGUCAAGAUUGAGAGUCUUAAUUACAAGCGACUGGUGAAAGGCUCCUUGGUCCUUGGACAAGUUUGGGAGAUCAACGACCUCGACAUAGUGGUCGCCUUGCCUAACAAUCUCACAGGCCACGUCUCACUCACAGCCGUCUCGACUGCCCUAACGAAAAGAGUUGAAGCUGCCGCUGCCGACGAUAGCGAAGAAGAACAAGAAGGCAAUGCAGAUGUUGAGCUACGAAAUAUUUUCACCGUUGGACAGUACGUUCGGGCAUAUGUCGUAUCAACGAUAGAAGAUGCAGUCCUCGUUGGGAAAUCUAAGCGCCGAAUUGAACUGUCUCUGCGCCCGGAGCAAUCCAAUGCUGGGCUUUCGGAAGGAGAUGUGGUGGAGCACAGCACCGUCAUGGCCGCUGUCGCCAGUGUUGAGGACCAUGGAUAUGUUAUGGACCUAGGCAUUGCUGGCUCCAAACUUCGCGGAUUUCUGUCGAAGAAAGAGGCCAAGGGGACACUAGAGGCUGGCGCCGUUCAGUUGUGCUUGGUUACCGGAAAGACGGUGAAUGGCAAAGUGGUGCAAUUAACGACCAGGAGCGAGAAGCUCGGAAAUCUGAAGGAUUUCCCACGCGAUGCCACCACGAUUAACACAUUUCUACCUGGCACUGUUGUCGAUGUCUUGGUUUCCGAUGUGUCUAGGAGAGGUAUUGUCGGCAAGGUACUAGGGUCUCUCGACGUGACAGCUGAUCUCAUCCAUUCUGGUCACGGCCCAAAUAAUGCGGACCUGGAGGCUAAGUACAAGGUUGGAUCCAAGUUCAAGGCACGUGUCAUCUGCACAUUCCCAGAGGCCAAGGACCCUAAGUUGGGUAUUUCAAUAUUGGAACAUGUCUCGUCACUCACCUCGAAGACCGCGGGCGAAAAGAGCAAAUCAAAAUCUCCAUUGGACGUUCUCCCAAUCUCUUCGCUGGUCGAGAGCUGCACCGUCACAAAGGUCGAAGCAGAUAUUGGUCUCUUCGUUGACAUUGGAAUUAAGAAUGUUCCUGGCUUCGUCCACAUUUCUCGUGUAAAGGAUGGAAAGGUCGAUGCUCUAUACGAGUCCAGUGGCCCUUUCAAGGUCGGGUCCGUCCACCGUGGACGAGUCGUUGGCUACAACCCUAUGGACGGCGUGUUCCAUCUGUCUUUCGAGCAAAAUAUUUUGGAUCAGCCCUUCCUUCGUCUUGAAGAUGUUCCGAUCGGCGAAGUGGUCAAUGGCACCAUUGAGAAGCUCAUUAUUGGAGAGAAUGGUGUCCAUGGUAUGAUUGUGAAGCUUUCUGAGGGAAUUUCUGGCCUUGUGUCGGAGAUGCACCUCUCAGAUGUUCGUCUGCAGCAUCCGGAGAAGAAGUUCAGAGAAGGUAUGAAGGUCAAGGCCCGUGUCCUGUCUACCGACCUCACCAAGCGUCAGCUCCGUCUUACCUUGAAGAAGACACUGGUCAACUCAGAUGCUCCUGCCAUCAAGUCUUUUGACGAAGUCUCGCUAGGCAUGCAGGUUCCGGGCACAAUUGUCACAUUCCUAAAGAACGGCGCUAUUGUGCAGUUCUAUGGACCCCUCAGGGGUUUCUUGCCAAUCUCUGAGAUGAGCGAAGCUUUCAUUCAAGACCCUAAGGAGCAUUUUCGCGUUGGACAAGUCGUGACAGUUCAUGUUUUGGAUGUUGAUGCGGACUCAAACCGACUUGUCGUUUCCUGCAAGGAUCCGUCUGCCUUUGGCAUGGAGAGGCAAGUGGCUUUGAAGAACCUCCAGGUUGGAGAUAUCGUUUCAGGAAAGGUUAGCCAAAAGACGGAAGACGAUGUCUUCGUUGAAUUAGAAGGCAGCCUACUGAAGGCAAUCCUACCUGGCGGUCAUCUAACGGAUAAGUCCGCCAACAAGAACCAAGCUGCACUGAAGAAGAUUCAUGUUGGCCAAACUCUGUCUGAGCUGGUUGUUCUAGAAAAGAACGAAAGCCGUCGAGCAGUCACGCUCAGCCAAAAGCCGAGUCUCGUGACGGCUGCGAAGGAGGGCAAGCUUCUUGCAAGCUUAGAUCAAGCCAAAGCGGGAGAUUUGGUGGCAGGCUUUGUACGCAACAUUACACCUACUGCUGUCUUCGUCCAAUUCGCUUCCAAUGUCACCGCACUGCUGCCGAAGGCCAUGAUGGCCCAGGAGUCCCAAUCUGAACCUGAUUUUGGGUUACGAAAGUUGCAAUCAUUAUCUGUCAAGAUUAUCUCAGUCGACAGAGAACACAGUCGGACCGUCGUAGCAAUCCCCUCGGUUGCUGACGCAAAGGAACCUAAGGCAUCUAAGUCUGGCCCAGCUGCUGCCAAUCCGGUGGACGAGAAGAUUCAAAGCAUAGAGGAUAUCUCUGCGGGCAAAAUUACCAAGGCCAGGGUUGUCUCCGUUAAGGAGACACAGGUCAAUGUGAGGCUGGCCGACAACAUCCAAGGCCGCAUUGAUGUCUCCGAGGUAUUUGAUACAUGGGAUGAAAUUUCGAACCGCAAGAGCCCGUUGAGAAAAUUUAAAGCAAACGACAUAGUGGACGUGCGUGUACUCGGUGUUCACGAUGCAAAGAAGCAUCGAUUCCUUCCAAUAACGCACCGUUCGACACAUUCCCUGCUCGAACUUUCUGCAAAGCCAAGCGACUUGAAGGCAGACAUCCUUGCUGAGCCUCUAAGCCUCGAGAAUAUUGAGGUCGGAUCAAGUCUAAUUGCCUUCGUCAACAAUGUCAGCCAGAAUUGUCUGUGGGUCAAUAUUACGCCGAACGUUCGAGGACGAAUUGAGGCUAUCGAGGCGUCUGACGAUUUAUCACUACUUGGUGAGUUAGGCGCAAAUUUUCCUAUUGGAUCAGCUCUCCGCGUUAGAGUCCUCGCCGUCGAUGCUUCCCAAAAUCGUCUUGAUCUCUCCGCCCGGUCCAACGACUCAGCCGAGAGUCUUACUUGGGACAGCAUCACACAAGACCUAGUGCUACCCGGUAAGAUCACCAAGGUCAGUGAGCGCCAAGUCAUGGUCAAGCUCAGCGAGAUUGUAUCUGGCCCGAUUUAUCUUGUCGAUAUUGCAGACGAUUACGAACACGCGAGCACACUCAAGUUCUCUAAGAACGGUGUUGUUCGAGUAUCCAUCGUGGACUUAGACAAGAGCAACAAGCGUGUUCGCCUAUCCACCCGGCCAUCACGUAUUCUCAACUCCUCAUUACCAGUUGAAGACCGUGAAAUUAAGAGCGCAAGUCAGCUCAAAGUUGGAGACAUCGUUCGUGGCUUUGUCAAGAAUGUCGCUGAUAAGGGCGUCUUUGUCAGUCUCGGUGGUGAUGUAUCUGCCAUGGUGAGGAUCUCGGACCUGUCGGACAGUUUCAUCAAGGAUUGGAAAGCACACUUCCAGGUAGAUCAAUUGGUCAAAGGCCGCAUUACAUCCCUGGACGAAACCACUGGCCACGUGCAGAUGAGCCUCAAGGCUUCCGUUGUGGAAAAGGAUUUCGUUCCGCUGCUUACAUACUCUGACUUCAAGGUUGGUCAGGUUGUAACUGGUAAGGUUCGUGCUAUUGAGGAAUUUGGCGCCUUCAUUGUCAUUGACAAAUCCGACAAUGUGAGCGGUCUGUGCCACCGGAGCGAAAUGGCCGACAAGAAGGUUACGGAUGCCAGGAAGCUUUACAACAAAGAUGAUGUAGUAAAGGCUCGCAUCUUGAAGGUUGAUCCCGCCAAGAAGCGGAUCAGCUUCGGAUUGAAGGUUUCCUACUUCGAGGACGAAGAUGAUGAGAUGGAUAGCGAUGGUGACGAAGAAGGCGCCCCUCUUUUCUCUAAUAGUGAAGAUGAGGACGACGAUAGCGGUGAUGAUCUCGUGAUAGACGCUUCUGGAGAUAUUGUUAUCACCGGCACGGACAACCAGGAGGAAUCAGAGGAAGAGGAAGACGAUGUUGAGAUGGCUGAUCAGCCGACCGGAGGAGCAGGUUUGGACGCCGGUGGAUUCGACUGGUCUGGUGCUGCGCUGGAUGCUGCCGAUGAUGGAGCCGAUGCGGCUUCUGAAGCUGGGGCGGACAGCUCAGAAAAGAAGAAGAAGAAGAAGAGAAAGCCUGAAAUCCAGAUUGAUCGUACGGCAGAGCUUGAUGCCCAUGGCCCGCAGACUGCCAGCGACUUUGAGAGGCUUCUCCUUGGUCAGCCAGACUCAUCCGAACUGUGGAGAGCAUACAUGGCAUUCCAGCUGCAAGUCAGUGAGCUGUCCAAGGCGAGAGAAGUCGCCGAGCGAGCCAUCAAGACGAUCAACAUCCGGGAAGAGACCGAGAAGCUCAACAUGUGGAUCGCGUACCUAAACUUGGAAAAUGCAUACGGCUCCGACGAGACUCUCGACGAGGUCUUCAAGAGGGCUUGCCAGUACAAUGACGAACAGGAGGUCUAUGAGCGGCUUACGAGCAUCUACAUCCAGACUAACAAGCACCGAAAAGCCGACGAUCUCUUCCAGGUCAUGGUCAAGAAGUUUGGAGGCAAGUCACCGCAGGUCUGGACCAACUUCGCACAUUUCCUGCACAACACAAGAGGAUCUCCGGACCGAGCGCGAGCGCUAUUGCCGCGCGCAACUCAGACCUUGCCAUCACACACUCAUCUAGCCCUGACAACCAAAUUUGCUGCACUUGAAUUCCGUUCGUCAAACGGCGACCCCGAGCGCGGCCGCACCAUCUUCGAAGGUCUUCUUGCUACAUAUCCCAAGAAGUUCGACCUGUGGAAUCAGCUCCUCGAUCUAGAAAUCUCCGUGUUUGCCGCCAACAAGGCUAAGGAUGCUGGUGACGCUGACCCAGCCACUGUUCGCGAUGUGUUUGAGCGUGGCACCAAGGUCAAGAGCCUCAAGGCGAGGCGUGCCAAGGCAUGGUUCCAGCGCUGGGCCAAGUGGGAGGAGGAGAAUGGCGACCCAAAGAGCCGCGAGAAGGUCUCGGCCAAGGCGAAGGAGUGGGCACGCGAGGCUGAGGCGAGAAAGAAGGCUGGCGAAGCCGAUGAUGAAGAGUGA